AUGGUGCAGAUCAUAACUUUCCUCCUCAAUCAUCACUACUGGUUUGCUUCCUUCAUGGCACUGGCCCAAGCGCUGAGUCUUUGCGCGACCAUCUACUAUCACAGGCAGGAUGAAUCACAGAUUGCACAGAAGAAGCUACGGAGCCGCCACGGCUCCGCUUUCGAAGAGGGCCGCAUGUCACUCAGAAUUGGCGUGCCAACAAGACAGUGGCAAUUUCUCAUGCAUGUGGAAGAAGUCAUUGAGGCUCCGGCUACAGGGCUUGUUGGUGCCUACGGCAUGUCAUUGGUUCCGACUCUUACCCCCAUACAGGCCGCGAGUGGUAUGUAUGGGCUCAUUGCCUCUGCCCUGGCCAUGGGACGAGGGCGCAUGGGCUAUGAAGCCCGCUGUCGAGGUCCGCCUCGCUUCGCCUUGCCUGUCGCAGCACUGAAGUCCUUGUGCCCCACUGCGGCAACGUCUGCCCUGCUUGGGUAUCAGGCGGUCUUCGCCGCGGAGUUAGCGAUCUUUGCGGUUGUCAGCACAGUGCUGCAUCCCGUCGUGGGCCUCGCCGGUUUUUGCGGCGGAUUUCUGAUUGAUGCUUGUAGUGACGUCAGAAGUGGUGCAGAUCUGGAAGCCAACGGAUUCUUUGGAGGACCAAACAUCAGUGAUGUAUGGUCUUUGGUGAACGUAAUGGCUGGAAGGCAUACCAAGGUAUUCUUCCCCACCAGCGCAGGUUGUUACGGAGUCAUUCCCAGGCUCUUCGUCGUGGUACGCUUGGCUGUUUGUGCUUCCCUCUGCUCAUUCACAGAGCUGCCCAACGGGCUGUUGCCCUUAGGCACCUUGGGCCGUCCCAUGGGGCGCUCAGUCCUCCAAGAAGUGUUUCUUGACGCGACGGCGGCUUGCCGGGAAUCCAUGGGCUGCUUGCUGGAAGGGGAAGUAUGCUGGCCGGAAGCUGGUGGUCAAUCUGUUCCAUCUACGAUGUUUCAUGCAGCCCUCUUCUUUUUGGCCGUGGGGCUUGGCAGCUUACUUAUCCUCACAACGCUGGGGCUGGCAGUCUACGUGUAUUCUGUUUGUCCAGAUAUGUCCGAAGAGAUGGUGCAAGACAUUGCUCGAAGGACUUCCGUGUUCGUUCGAGGCCAAUCUGACUCUGACGACAAGGAGGUUGAGCUGCUGUCCAGACUUGGGAUUUUUGUGUCCUUGGGAGCUCUGGAAGCGCAGCUACAGGAGAUCAUCGACUUUGCGAGGGAAAGGGAGAAAGUCAUCGCGAGAAGUUUGCCAGGCCCUGAAGAGACGGAGACGAGUUCUGAAGAGAGCUCCGGAUCCGAGUAG